CCCGCCCGCGGGGCCGGCCGCCUGUCAGAGGGAGGUGGCGAUGGUGCGCCCAGUGGCGGUGGCGGCUGCGGCGGCUUCCCUGGUCCGAGUGCAGGGAGGAGAAGAUGACUGACCGACCGACUGACUGAAUGAAUGAAUGGCGAAGCCGAGCGCGCCAUGAGGAGCCUGCCGAGCCUGGGCGGCCUCGCCCUGUUGUGCGCCGCCGCCGCCGCCGCCGCCGCCGCCUCAGCAACCUCAGCGGGGAAUGUCACCGGUGGCGGCGGGGCCGUGGGGCAGGUGGACGCGUCGCCGGGCCCUGGGCUGGAGGGCGAGCCCAGUCACCCUUUCUCUACGGCCAUGGCUCCCACGGCCCAGGCCCCGAGGACCGGACCCCCGCGCGCUACCGUCCACCGACCCCUGGCUGCGUCCUCUUCAGCCCAGCCCCUGGCGACCACCCCUUCUCGGGCCAGGGCCGGACCCUCUCCGACCACCUUUCGGGCGCCGCUCGGCCCCUCACCGAUCACACCUCCUGCGGUGGAACGUACUUGGACCACCGCUCGGGCGACGACCAGACCCGCGCCGACCACCCUCUCGACGACCACUGGCCCGGCGCCGACCACUCCCCCGAUCCCGACCUCCAUUCUCCCCGGCGGCGGCAACAGCAGCAGCGUCCCGCCCACCCCACCUGCCACCGAGGCCCCCUCGCCGCCUCCCCCAGGCUAUGUAUGUAACUGCUCUGUGGUCGGAAGCUUGGAUGUGAAUCGCUGCAACCAGACCACAGGGCAGUGCGAGUGUCAGCCAGGUUAUCAGGGUCUUCGCUGUGAAACCUGCAAGGAGGGUUUGUACCUGAAUCAUACUUCCAGGCUCUGUCUGCCAUGUGACUGUAGUCCACGUGGAGCCCUCAGCAUAUUCUGCAACAGUUCUGGGAAAUGUCAGUGCAAAGUGGGUGUCACCGGCUCUUCAUGUGAUAGAUGCCAAGAUGGAUAUUAUGACUUUAAUAACGGCUGCUUGCCCUGCCAGUGCAAUAAUCGGUCUGCCAGUUGUGAUGCCCUCACAGGUGCUUGUUUAAAUUGCCAGGAUAAUAGCAGAGGGGAUCAUUGUGAAGAAUGCAAAGAAGGAUUUUAUCAGAGUCCUGAUGCCACUAAAGAAUGUCUUCGCUGCCCUUGUUCAGCAGUGACAUCUACAGGCAGUUGUAUCAUAAAACUGGGUGAAUUGGAACCUGAAUGUGUCCGGUGUAAAGAUGGUUACAUGGGCCAGAACUGCAAUGAAUGUGACAAUGGCUAUUACAAUUCUGACAGCAUCUGUAUGGAGUGCCAGUGUCAUGGCCACGUGGACCCAGUUAAAACUCCAAAGAUUUGUAAGCCUGAGAGUGGUGAGUGCAUCAACUGCCUCCAUAACACCACUGGGUUUUGGUGUGAGAACUGCCUAGAAGGUUACGUUCAAGACCUCAAGGGAAAUUGCAUCAAGAAAGAAGUUAUUGUUCCAACACCUGAAGGUUCUACCAUUUUGGUUUCCAAUGCCUCUUUGACCACAUCAGUGCCCCCCCCUGUUAUAAAUAGUACAUUUACCCCUACAACCCUGCAGACUAUCUUUUCAGUAAGCUCUGCUGAAAAUAGCACAUCAGCUUUAGCUGAUGUAUCAUGGACCCAGUUUAACAUCAUCAUUUUGACAGUCAUCAUCAUCGUGGUGGUGCUGCUGAUGGGUUUUGUGGGGGCCGUAUAUAUGUACCGGGAGUACCAAAACCGGAAACUCAACGCCCCCUUUUGGACCAUUGAGCUGAAAGAAGACAAUAUCAGUUUCAGCAGCUACCAUGACAGCAUUCCCAAUGCAGAUGUGUCAGGAUUGUUGGAAGAUGAUGGCAACGAAGUGGCUCCCAAUGGGCAGCUGACCCUGACGACACCGAUACAUAACUAUAAAGCCUAAGGCGCUAGAGCUCUUCUCCUGGACUGUGAGACCACAGUGCUUGCCAAAACAGCAGCAGCCCCUGGGCCACACAAAGCCUGGGUAGAGUCACUGAGAUGAGAAAGCAAAGGCAUAUAGUGCAUCUGAAAUUUUCAGGUACAAAUUUAUAAUGUACUUAGCCUGUUACUCUUAGAUUUCCCAUGAAGAUCUGAAGCAGUCAUUGACAAUAAGGACUUGAAGUAAAGUAUAUUUUUGUACCAAACCACAUGGGAGUAUAGAAAGGCGGAACCACAUAGUGCAGCCCAAAUCCACUUUGACCUCCAAAUAGACUCCUGGGGAAGUGUUUAUCAGACCAGCGGAAACAGGAUGACGGAUGUGGAGGGGGAGAGGACUGCCAGAAGACUUCAUCUCCAUUCCUGAAACACAUUUUUUUAAAGGAGGGGGUCGGGGUGAUAUUCAUUGAGGAAAAGCUGAUGUUUGGGCUGUAUCACAAUAAACAACCUUGAUUAUUUCCAGAAUAGGGGCAGAAAAGUCCCAAGAAGAUCUUUAGAAGGGUUUGAUUUUUCCUUCCAGAAUUCUUGCUCGAUGAUAAGAGUAAAGCACAGGAUAAGCUUCUAAUGGUAGAGAGAGGAAGGCAACAUCUGGGAGCAGGAAGCUGAUGGUCCUCCUUAGGGUCUCAGUGUAAAUGAUAAAUUGUCUAAAAAUAAGGAAGAUUCCUGCCUCUAGAGAAAUAAGGUGUAUAUAGUUAAUGUAGAAUAUCUGGUCAGCAUUGUAUUUGUAUCUGUUUGUAAAAAAAAAUCAUGUCAUAUUUUAUCAUCUAGAAUUUAUUUGUACAGCAGUUAAUGGAGUUGUAAAAAGAAAAUAUGGGGUUAAAAUACUGUAAAAUAGAUGGCAAUAUUGCUAGAGCUGGGACUCUGGUGAGCAUCAGUCAUUUUUAGUCCCUCUUUGGACACUGUUGAAAUUUAUAAGAGGUUGGAUGUUUCCAAUUUUUCUUUCCCUUUUCAAUCUAAGAGUAGAGUUCUAUGGUCUUGGCUUCCUAUAGAUUCAAGCAAUAGAUUUUGAAGACAGUGUUUGUUAAGCUGGGACACAGGCUGCACUCUCCAAACUACUCACCUAAUUAGACACUAGCCUCUAUAUAUUUUACAUAGAUUAAUGUAGAAUAUAUUCUCAGUAAAGAAUUUUUUUAAUGUAAAACAUAGUCUUCCAAAGGAAUUAUAAAUAUUUUAGUUUCAAAAGAAAAGCCAUCAUAUUACUUGGGAUCCCCUGUGAAAUAUCAUGCCUGUGAAAUAUUUAUAUUCUCCCCCCACCCCAAAAUACUUCCUACAUUUGAAUGUAGCCUGUCACUCACAUGCCAUGAAGUGUGUACCAUCUCUCUGCAGUGCUACAGUUCUUGUAUCUUCUUCUUGUCUGGUUAGAGGGUAGCUCUGUAGUUGAGUGGCUAUAGUUAGUCCUUGCUUUUAGACGCAGUUUUUUCUUAGAGGCCAUCUCUACCUUUGCUCUCAACUAAUUAUGAUAUUGACAGAUUGUAGAUUAAGCAAGCCAGGAAAAGCAGCCAGAAGUCAAAUAUAGAUAUUUAUUAGGAAGGAGAGCAAACUGUCAAGGGGUUAGGAAAAAAAAACAAAGAUUAGACCCAGGAAAUCCAAGUUGAUAACUUUGCCUGACUUCCCCAGAGGAAAACCUGGAAUUUGGCCACCCUCUGUAGUUGUUCUCAGGGUUUGGACAUGAUGCUCUGGAGGGUGCACAGCCGGUAAUCUACUUCUGUGAACCGUAGGUGCUCCGAAUAUUUGGCCAUGGUUCGUGAAAGUGGAGAUUACAUUACAUUAAAAUUAGUUACUAUUUCUAUAGCCCUUUGCAGUUUGCAAAGCAUCUUUCUAUAUGUGUGUCCUUUGUUCCUCACCAUAGGCCCCUGAGGAAGUAAUUGUUGUUCCCAUUUUAUAGGUGAGGUUAAAUGUCUUGUUCAAAGCUAUAUAAUAUGUCAUUAUUAGGCUUGGAAUCAGGACUCCUAACUCUGCAGCACAUGUUCUUUCAACCAGAUGCUCGUGCGGAAAUUGCCCAGCCAUGAACACGAGAAGGCUGGGAGGAAGAGCCCAUCUGUGGACGUUUCUAAUUUUUCUAAGUACAAGGUACAAUCCAGGGCCAUCCAGCCAUGACGGACUUUGUGGAAAGACCACAGGAGGAUUACUCUCUGAAGCCAGUAUUGGUGAUAAGAAAAUUAAAAUACCGGUUUGUGCUUCAUUAAAGUGAACUAAUCCUUCCAAGCAGGGAAAGAAAACCUGAUUUCCCCAGCAGCUGCCACGUAUGCGUGUAUAGACUGUGCAGUGCAUAGUUCCAAGGAAUUGUGUAAAGUGACAUAGCUGCCUUUCCCCCAGAUUACUACCCCCUCAAGCCAGGGAUUGAGGAUGGUGAGAAAUAAGCGUUUGUUAAACAGAAAUUAACCGAAUAGAGAAAGAAAGAGUUUGUUGGGGUCUAAGAGCCAAAGCCAAAUAGUCCGGAUUCUGGCCAUGUAGAGAUUCCAUGAAACACACUUUAAAAGAUAUUGCAAAAACUGAAUCACAAAGAAUGUUUACCUUUAAAUAUUUAUGAACAGCUCCUAGGCCAUGUUCUCAAUUUGUCCUGAUGGAAAAAAUUAAGGUCUUAAAAUCUGUUUUAAAUAAUAUUCUUUAGUGUCCCAUGCUUCUGCUGGUGGAAAUAAUUUUGCUCUAAAAUGAAAUCAAUCAUGAAGUGAUCUACCACCAAAAUCAGCCUAGGAAACCAGUAUGGAAUGCAUUGCACGAUAGCCAUUUCUCUAAAGGCGUGAUCCCCACGAACUAUGGCACUUAGCACCAGGACCCCAUACGUCCUUGAGAAAGACUAAUGUUGGAAGAAUUCUUGUCUAAGGAUUAGGAAUGUGUUUAUUUUCAAAUGAGAUAAGACUAGUAUGAAUCUUAUUGAUGAAUGACAGAUACUGCUAUUAAGUGAUACUUUUAUCUUCAUUAAUUCGUUUCAGUAAGCCCUUCCGCAUUUCUGACAGAUGCCUUCCGUAGUGUUGUUAAGUAUGUCUGUCCUCCCGUACUUUCCCCUCCCUCCCUCCCUCCCU